GUUAGUGAAAAUAUCUCGUGGAGUGCGGUAAUGCAACGCACAGAAGACUCAACAUAAAAAGGACCAAGUGGCAGGCAAAAGCAGCAACAAAAUGGUGAAGAAUCGCCGUUUCGAAAAUGAAUCUUCUGGAUUUGGAAUACGUCACUUGCAAAUCUUUCUGCUCUUCUGCGCUCUUACCGUGGGCUUCGCCAUGCGGGUUAACCUGUCCGUAGCAGUUGUGGCCAUGGCCGAGUUUCCCGAAUACAACUGGUCGGAGAAGACAAAAUCUCUGGUGCUGAGCAGUUUCUUUUGGGGCUAUGUGAUCACCCAGGUGCCAGCUGGUCCUCUGGCACGUAGGUUUGGCGGCAAGGUUACAAUUCUAACCGGCUUGUCCAUCUGCUCCGUGCUGACUAUUCUAACGCCACUCUGCGCCAGGCUGGGAGGCUGGCAGCUGCUCUGCGCGGUGCGUUUGCUCGAGGGCGUUUGCCAAGGAUUGCUCUUUCCCUCCACCCAUACGGUUAUUUCCGCUUGGGUGCCACCCAAGGAGCGCGCAUCUUUGGGCAACUUUACCUAUGCAGGCAAUCAGUUUGGCACCAUCAUAAUGUUGGCCACCAGUGGCCUACUGGCCUCCAUUGGCGGUUGGCCCAGCAUCUUCUAUGCAUCCGGGUCCGUGGGCUGCAUUUGGUCAGCCGUCUAUUUUCUUUGGGGUGCCAGCUCACCGGCAGAUUCCAAGAGCCUAUCCGCCGAGGAGCGAGAGCUUAUAGAGCUGGGACAGGCCAGUGAGCGAAGUGCUCAUGCGGAGCUGCCCAGCCAUCACCAGACCACGCCCUGGCUGAGUUUCUUCCGCUCACCUGCCGUCCUGGCGCUCGUUGCCGUGCAAUCUGCCUAUGCGUAUGGUUUUUGGACCUUGCUGACGCAGAUUCCCAGUUACAUGAAGAACAUCCUGGGAAAGGAUAUCAAAGCCAAUGCAGUUCUCUCUGCGCUGCCCUACACCGCCAUGCUUAUUCUCAGCUUCCUCUUUGCCUGGCUAUCGAAGCUUAUGCAGAGGAAGGAUUCGAUUUCGCGCUCGUUCAACCGGAAGUUCUUUAACUCAAUUGGCACUUGGGGUCCCAUGUGCCUGCUCAUUGCGCUCGGCUAUGUGCCGCAGCAUAUGGACACCCUGGCCGUGGUGCUGCUCACCCUAACCGUAGGCAUAAGCUCCGCCAGCCACGUGGGCUUCCUGAUAAAUCACAUUGAUCUGUCGCCCAAUUUUGCGGGCAUCCUAAUGGGCAUCUGCAAUGGCAUCGCCAAUUUCAUGAGUCUCGCUGCUCCACUCCUAGUGGGCAUCGUUGUUACCGACAAGUACGACGCAAAUCAAUGGCGCAUAGUGUUCUUUGUGGCAGCUGGCAUCUACUUGGCGGGCAACGGGAUCUUCCUGAUCUUUGGUCGUACCAGUGUUCAGCCUUGGAACGAGCCACCCGCCAAACAGCUUAGCAACUCAACUCCUGAGUUGGAAGCGCAGAAUGGAAUUGAGAAAUAGAAGGCUUAAGAAUAUUAGAGAUCAGCCCACAGUAUUUGAAUUUGUAUGGAUAAUAAUAUAUUAGCUUAUCGUUUAAA